GAUAAAAGGUGGACUCCAUUUUUGGGUUGUUCUCAUGAGAGGCUCACCCGGCAAUAUUUGAGUGAUGAAAACAGAUGGAGUCCUAUUGUACCCAUCUUACUCUACCACCAUACCAUCCAAUCCUAGCCUUUCCCUCCACUAGCCGUUACUAUCCCAACAGUUUUUCAAAACCUCUCUUACUUCUUCUUCUUCUUCUUCUUCUUCUUCUUCAAGUUUUCAAAUGCUGCUUCAAACCACCACAAAACUAAAAAGACCAUCUCUGUCUCAGUACACACUCCUCUCCUUUCUCAUCAACCCCACAAUCUCUGAUUCAUCAUCUACUGUUAUUCACCACCAAUCCCAAUCCCCAUAUCACUCUGUUCCAUCACCAAUUGAUACCAAAUCUGUCCUCCAAUCUUGCAUAGCUCGAAGAGCGCUUGAGCCCGGAAGACAGCUUCACGCCCACCUCUGCCUCACCGGCCUAGGACACGAUACCAAUUUAGCCACCAAGCUUGUCAAUCUGUACUGUGUUUGCGACUCUUUGUGUAAUGCACACCACCUGUUUGAUAGAAUUCCCAAGAACAAUAUCUUUCUUUGGAAUGUUUUGAUUCGUGGGUAUGCGUGGAAUGGGCCUUAUCAGGUUGCAAUCUCUCUCUAUUACCAAAUGCUUGACUAUGGUAUAGUACCCGAUAACUUUACGUUCCCAUUUGUCCUCAAAGCGUGCUCGGCGCUCUCUGCAAUUGAUGUGGGUAGGGACGUUCACGAGCACGUGAUACGUACUCGGUGGGAAACGGAUGUCUUUGUGGGUGCAGCUCUUAUUGAUAUGUAUGCAAAGUGUGGUUGUGUUGGCGAUUCUCGGCGAGUAUUUGAUACAAUUCACGUUAGAGAUGUUGUACUUUGGAAUUCUAUGCUUGCCGCAUAUUCCCAAAACGGGUGCCCAGAGGAAUGCUUGUCUCUUUGUGGCGAGAUGGCAUCGAAUAGUGUGAGACCAACUGUUGCAACUCUUGUCACCGCUAUCUCAUCUUCUGCUGAUAUUGCUGCCCUUCCGCAAGGGAGGGAGCUUCAUGGGUUUAGUUGGAGACAUGGGUUUGAAAUUCAAGAUAAGGUGAAAACUGCCCUAGUUGAUAUGUAUGCAAAAAGCGGUUCUGUAAAAGUUGCUCGAAAUUUGUUCGAGCGGCUUAUGGAAAAAAGAAUUGUUUCUUGGAAUGCUAUGAUUACUGGGUAUGCAAUGCACGGUCAUACUACCAAAGCACUUGAUUUGUUUAAGCAGAUGACCGGAGAAACUUGGCCAGAUCACAUAACGUUUGUUGGUGUUUUGUCAGCUUGCAACCAUGGAGGUUUGCUCGAUGAAGGGAAGGAGUUCUUUGAAUCGAUGAUGAGAGAUUACCGUAUAGAACCAACUGUUCAGCAUUAUACAUGCAUGGUUGAUCUCCUUGGGCAUUGUGGUCGGUUGGAUGAGGCUUAUGAUCUUAUAUUGCAAAUGAGAGUGAUACCGGAUUCUGGCAUUUGGGGCGCUUUGCUCAAUUCAUGCAAAAUCCACGGAAAUGUGGAAUUAGGAGAACUGGCAUUAGAGAGGUUGAUUGAACUUGAACCGGACGAUGCGGGCAAUUAUGUCAUUUUAUCAAACAUUUAUGCUCAAGCCGGUAAGUGGGAAGGAGUUGCAAAGCUAAGAAAACUAAUGACAGAUAGGGGACUAAAGAAAAGCAUUGCUUGUAGUUGGAUUGAAGUGAAAAACAAAGUCCACGCAUUUCUUUCUGGAGAUACAUCGCAUCCUAUGUCUGAUGAGAUAUAUGCAGAAUUGGAAAGGGUGGGAGGGCUAAUGGCAGAGGCUGGCUAUGUCCCAAACACAGCGCCUGUUUUUCACGAUGUAGACGACGAUGAGAAGACAAGAAUGGUUUGUAGUCACAGUGAAAGGCUAGCAAUUGCAUUUGGACUUAUUAGCACGCCCCCUGGGACCAAGCUUUUGGUAACCAAGAACCUCCGGGUAUGUGAAGACUGCCAUGUAGCAAUCAAGUUCAUUUCGAAAAUUACGCAAAGGGAACUUAUCAUCAGAGAUGUCAAUCGAUAUCAUCAUUUUAAAGAUGGCGUGUGUUCUUGUGGUGAUUAUUGGUGAACGGAAUGAGAAAUUGGUAUAACUACUCUGGUUAUGAAAGUAUUACCUCUGUGAAAUGUUUUCAGAAUUCAAGAGCUAACCUGAAAAAAUAUUAAGAAAAUGAUAACUCAAAUAACAAAUUGAGGGGAGGAAAAGAAAUGGAUGCUUAUACAAAGAGAUGCAGAUCCUUGUUGAUGUGGAUUAUCUGGAUUGCAGCCAGAAGUUUGCAAUCAAUUUGGAUGAUUUAGAGAUGUCUACAUUGAAAUAAUUAGGGACGAUUAGUGUAGUAGAAUGGCGGGUCUGGUCAGUUUGAUGGUGGGUUGGCUUUCUUGAUUUGCACCUAAACCAAGCCACAUAAAAAAUGUUUUUGGCUGCCCAACCCACACUGGCAACACUUUUAAACUGCACAAGGCAGAGCAGGUCAAGCAGGUUGGCCGGUAUUUUGUACAACCUUAAGUCAUACAAUUGAUUGAUUGUUCGUUCUUUUUUUUUUUAAGUUAUUAUUUUUCCUGGCUGUCCAAAUUGUACUCUAAAGUUUUGAAGCUUAUGAUAUUGCUGCAUUAAUUUUUGCUGGA